AGGCCACGCCAGCUAGAUUGAUGCGCCGAGCUCGCUCCUCACAUAAUUACCAUGGGAAGCGCAUGGAAGCAAUUGAUGCUGUCAAUGAAUGGAGAUUGCCUAAAGUAAGUGCAGAGGAAGAUGGGGCAGUGGAUCAGAAAGCCUGGCAGGAUGAUACCAUGUCAUGUCGUGUAUCCUCAGCUCGUGAUUGGAACUUCGGGUCUGAUAGUGUCUAUGAGGGCCCUGCGAUGAAACAUAAGGAAAAUGCUGUCCACGCCAAGUUGGUUGCCUGGAAGGAUGCACAGGUUUCAAAGCUCAUUGACAAAGCACUUAUGAUGUUACUUGAAUCAACUAGGCUGAAAGCCCAGAUCGAUGAAUGGCAGAAGAAUAAGUUUACAUGGGCCAGGGAUAAACUGGCAAAAACUGAGAAGAAGUUGGAGAAGCAGAGAACUGAAACCGUAGUGAAGAUGCAAAAGGCGAUAGAAGAUGCAGAGAGGAAAGAUGAUAUGAAGAGUCAAGAAGAGGCAGCCGCCAAGAGUAAGAUAGCUAGUUUCGAGAGAGCCCUUCAGGUGAUGUCUAGGGCAGGAAGGCAGGCCGAUUGUCAAAUACUAAUGAAGGGACCGUAUACUGUACAGAAUGGCGGUUGCCAUAUAGUACUAACCAAAGGAUGAUAGAAGUUUCAGGUCAUGGAACGCUUGGUCAGGAUUUUAACACACACUGUUGUAGUUCUCCCCAUUGGAGAACUUGUAAUACUACUCCCCAUUGGAGAAUUUGUAAUACUACUCCCAAGUAACCUGAUGUUGUUGGUACAGCUACCGAAAAGGACAGACAACAUUUUGUUUUCCUCAUUGACAGCAUUCAGGUCAUGCCAUACAUAGUCAGCAUUCCUUUUCUCCCCAUUGGACAACAUGUAUAUACUAGUACGCUCUUGUUGUGGACAAAUCAUUCUUUUUCUCCCAUUGGAGAACAUGUAUAUACAUUGGCUUAAUCCUAAUUGCAUCUCCUUUAUCUUUU